AUGUCCCAGAGGAGGCCCAAGCCCUUCACGGGGGCGCGCAGGCACAUCACUGUUCAGGCCGCUGCUGAGUCCGAGGAGGCCGCGGAGCCCGCGCCCCAGCAGCCGCAGCAGCAGCGUCAGAAGCGUGCUCAGAGGGUCGUGACCGUGCCUAUUGCUACCAUCCAGCCCGGCCAGGAGCUCGAGGGCACCGUG